CCGAGAGACAUAGUGAUACAAGAGCGGGGAGGCGGCUCCGGCGCGGACCUGGGAGCGCCCGGGCACCAGCCGCGAGCCAGCCCCGGUCCCCGCGGCCCGAGGCAUCCGGCGAGCCGGCGAGCGGCCCCAGGUAACGCGGGCGGGACCGGCCGAGGCCCCGUCCCCUCCCCCUCCACUGUCCAUUCCCCAUCCUCGGCCCCUGAUUCGUCUCCCUGACCCCGAUUCCGCCCUACGUGGCAGCAGCUGGAGGAAGAGACCCUGGGCAGGGAACCCCGACCCGGUCCCGGCCUCACCUUCCCAGGGAGAAGGGGCCGACACUUAACUUCCAGCUCAGGCCCCGCCAUGGGGAAGACCAACAGCAAACUGGCCCCAGAGGUGCUGGAGGAUCUGGUCCAGAACACGGAGUUCAGUGAGCAGGAACUGAAGCAGUGGUACAAGGGCUUCCUGAAGGACUGCCCCAGCGGCAUCCUUAACCUGGAGGAGUUCCAGCAGCUCUAUAUCAAGUUCUUCCCCUACGGCGACGCCUCCAAGUUCGCGCAGCACGCUUUUCGCACCUUUGACAAGAAUGGCGACGGCACCAUCGACUUCCGGGAGUUCAUCUGCGCCCUCUCGGUCACGUCCCGCGGCAGCUUCGAGCAGAAGCUCAACUGGGCCUUUGAGAUGUACGACCUGGACGGCGACGGGCGCAUCACGCGCCUGGAAAUGCUAGAGAUCAUCGAGGCUAUCUACAAGAUGGUGGGCACUGUGAUCAUGAUGCGCAUGAACCAGGAUGGGCUCACCCCCCAGCAGCGCGUGGAUAAAAUCUUCAAGAAGAUGGACCGGGAUAAGGACGACCAGAUCACGCUGGAAGAGUUCAAAGAGGCGGCCAAGAGUGACCCGUCCAUCGUGCUGCUGCUGCAGUGUGACAUGCAGAAGUAGAGGCUGGUGAGGGGCAGGCCCCCAGAGGAGCACACUCACCUCCCACCCGUCACCUCUCUGGCUGGUCCUUCCCCAGGGAAAGGGGGACACCAGUCUUACUGUCUGGCUAACCCACCCCUCUGCCCAAGUCCUUGUCCGCCCCCCCUCCAUGAUCCUUGAGGGACCACCUCCCCCCUGGAAAAGAGACAGAUCCUCAGGUAUCCUGUCCUCCAGCCCCAUACCCAGUUGUGGUCCAGAGCCCAGCACCUCCUGGGCUUAUCGGAGAGCUGGCUCUGGCUCCGAGAGACAGGCUUAAGGUCUGGGAUUUUUUUUCCCCCCUGUGGAAUUCUGUAGUUCCUGGCAUCAGACUUUCUAGGAUGUGGUCCCACCAACCCAAGUUCAAGGGCCAAAUUGGGUCUGUCUUUUGCUGAAGACCCAAGUCCUUAAUGUGGAUCUCUGCCUUGCCCCCUGGAUUCUACCUGGUCCCUCGGCCCCCACUUGGGAGCCUGCAUCCAGCCUUUUCCUCAGCUCACAUGUAUUAAGUCGCCUGUUCCAUGCCAGGCCCCUCUAGGUGCUAAGAGUGUGCAGUGCCCUGUGGGAGCGCCUACGGUGGGAGGUGGAUCUCAGCCAGGGUGUGGUGAGGCUGGUUCUUUGGAAGGGAACUAUUGAACCUUCCCACCAGCUCCCCGCAGAGCUGCAGGAGGAUGAAGCAAAGAGGAUUCAGAAGCCUCUGAACCCCGAGGGUGGAUGUUUUAAGAAACAUUGCAAUCAUGUGAUUAUUUUUCUUAGCACCCCUGAAAAGAGCUCCCCAUUUUAUUAGUAUAGGAUGAAAGAAGUCUUUAUAUUUACUGGAUUCUUACGAUUACAUAAAUAUAGAAAAUGCUGAUUUUAGGGAGAAAGAAUGCUGGGGGACAAAAGAGGGAAAACUUGCCACCAAACUUGCCAGCUCACACGUUUCCUUAUCAGGCUGAGCCUGGGCUGCCGUUGUCAGCAUUUUCUGCUGCCGCUUCCUUUUCCAUGAGCAUAUCAAGGCCUCGCAGCUCCUGGGUGCACUUACCCUGGAGGGGUGCUGACUUUAGGGAGAAAGGCAAGCCUACCAGGGUGAGACCCGUGCCUUGCCCGCCUCUUGCUGGUUUGGCCCUGAGUUUGGUCUCGUUCAAGGAGGGGCUUGUUCUCUGGCUGCUAAAGGAAGAAGGAGCUGGAAGACGAAGACCCCUAGCCACUGUUUAGGCUGAAUAGGUGGCGGUGAUGAGCCCGCGGCCUCACCCUGCACUGGGCGAGCUUCACGGGAAAGGCUUUUUUGAUGCCCCUGUCCUAAAUCUGCCAGGCAAUCCCUCAUCUCUCAAGUGCUCUACUUUUGCUUCCCCGUGUCUGCUCUGCCCCUGGGAGCCACAUGCUCCCGGCUGCAUGCUCUGGCCGCCAGAAAAGCGAGUCGCCUCUCUUCCCGCGCUGCUCUCCUGUCUCGUGAUCAGUGGCUUGCUGUGCCCUGGCGAGGACAUCCUCAUGAAAAACAGUCUCAUCCCCAGUGGUUGCCUGCCCGU